AUGCCCAAGCCGGGAGUCGCUUCUGGGGAGCUCCUGCACGUGUGCAGCGGGGACACACUCAGGAAUGUCUGCAGUGGCACGUUGGACAAGGCGCCACCGGGAACAGCAAGCGUCCCCAGCCGCGGUGCUCGUGCCCUAGGCCCACCCCGUCCCAGGGCGGCGACCAGCCCGCCGCGCCUGCUGCAGAGAUGCCUUUGCCGGAAGGAGGGGCCUGGAAACGAGGCUCCUGGGAACGAGGCUCCUGGGAACGAGAGGCUUCGAAGCCUCCGUCUCCGAGGAGAGCGCAGCACGGGCGGCCACCUGCGCGUCCCGGUCCCUGCAGGUCUGGAACCCGUGCAGGCAGCGCAGGGGCCUAGGCCGCCACCGUCGCUCGGUCCUGCCAAACCCGGGCGCCCCCGCGGACGCUUGCCGGGCUCUGCUCGGCGCGGUUCUCCCGGUCCCGAUCCUGAAGCUCCGCCACUACUCCGGGGCCACCCCAGGUCGCCGCACGGUUCUCCGGGCUUUGCUCCCUGCUCACGGCGAACCUCCCAUCGCUCCCGCCCGGCUCGCGGCAGCUCCGGCGUCCCAUGGACGCGCCUCCCGAGCGGCUGCCCAGGUCCUGCACCCCGAGGAGCGUCGUGCUCGCGCCCGGACCCUGUGCACGGCGGCCCCGAGGCCCCGGGCCCGCGUCCGCCGCACGACACCCCGCGGCUCCCUCCGAUCCUGCCCGGCCCACGGCCCUCCGCGCAGUCCGGCCACCGCGCCUCGGUCCUCACCGGCACGCGGGGUCCAGUCCCCUCCCCAAGGCCGCCCCCCAGGCCACCCUCGUUAGCGCUGCUGCGGCGGGGUCCGCGCACUCUGUGCCCCGCGUCCUGUGCCGAGCCGCGCCCUGCACGGACCUGCACGGACCCCAGGCCUCGCCUCGCCCCCACGACGUCGCGUCGCCCAGCUCUGGGUCCCUCCCGGGGCCAAUCCGCAUCGCAGACGGAAGACAAAUCUGCCAAAGCAUCACAGUGUCCAGUGUCAAACACGCACGUUGUGGUCAUGAAGGGCGGCCGCAGGGUCCACCGUGGACUGCACGGACAGAAGCCUUCGCGAGAGGUUGGCCCCGCUGACCCCAGCUCACAACGAGAUUUCGCUCAUAUCUAA